CAGCUAACUCUGCAUCACCUUGCAGUUCAGACACUGCUGCUUUUCUGCAGUCCUCUCUCUCUUUCUCCUAUUUUCCUCCUUUCUUAGGUCCUUCACUAUUUCCCUCCCUCCCUUUCUGGUCACUUUCUUUUCUUAUCAGUCAUCCACUCCUUGUUUUAUUCUGUCAAUAUGUACCGGAACCCCUGGAUCUUCAACUAUGUCAACCAUGUCAAGUUGUGCCAAGGCUUCACAGGAGAAACAGCCCCUAAAGUUGACAGUACCAAACUACAACGGAGAGCUCUUAGCUUUCAGAAAGAGUUCUUGUUUGAGGAGAAAGACGAGGGAACCAACAAAGUAGUAGAUGUCAGUCUGCUGGGAAAUACACCCAAGGUCUCAGAAUUAAGGAAACGUUUUGAGAGUAUAAGCACGAGUCAGAGUUGGGACAUGAACAGGAAAGAACGAAUUGCACGGCGUCUGGAGGGUAUCGAUGGUGAUGUUCUCCAAAAUCUCCCAGGCUGUGGCGGUCUAGUAACCAAUCGAAUGCUAGAGGAAGACACUCCUAGAUAUACCCGUGCAGCAGACACCUGUGACCCCUGUACAGUUUCUCUUCAGCACUAUAGCAAAAAUGAGCCAAACUUCCCAAAUCCGCACAGUGCUGAGGUUCAGUCCAGAACCUACACAGUCCAACCGGAGUCUGUCUACAGUACUGGCUCCACUAAUGUGGCAGAGCUGGACUCUAAAGCUGAAAGGAUUGCUCGCUACAAGGCAGAGCGGCGCCGUCAACUAGCAGAACGCUAUGGCAUCUCUCUGGAUCAGGAGACAGAAACCGACUAUUCCGCUCGCUACUCCAGAACCUCCAAAGAGCCCGACAGCCGACAACACAGGUCAAGUGUAGAAGAAGACCGAGUGGAGCAUAAUGCUUACACCACCAGCCAUAAUGUGGAUAAAUACAGCAGAGAACGCACAGACUCCAUCUCUGAGCGCGAAAGGAUGAUGAAUCUGGAGAACCAGAGGAGGGCCGUAGAGCGUAAUAGAUUGCAUGAAAGUGGAGGGGUUGCACCUGACCCAUCUGCAUAUAUGGAUGUGUCUGGGUCUGCCAGGGUUCCAGGGAGGGAAUCAGGGGCGAUGGGGGUUCCCAGCUCGCCUAAUACUGGUCGAAGGGUCGUGAUGCCAUCUGCCAAACAGGAAGCAUCUCCUGGUGAUCUGUUUAUUGAGCAGCAGGCUCACAACAUCCUUCAAAGACACAGCUCCCGUAGCCAGUCAGCCAACCAAUGGUCACUUCAGACUGAUUCAGAAGGAGACACCCUCUCUCCAAUCAACUGGCCUUCCAGAAUCCGAGUUAGGGAGAGACUGGCCCGUGACGAGCCGUUUCACAGGGGUCAGACAACAGAGGUACCUGCGUACAACCAGUUUCCUCAGGCAUGCCCUCAAUAUCACCCACACACUCGGACCCUCCAUGAUGCUUCAGCCAAGCAUCGGCUGACCCACCCUGGCAAAGAGGAACGCCAUGACCUGGGGUGCCAGAGCUACUUUUCUAUGGGUAGUGAACCUGGUUCCAGGCAUAAACUAGAGAUUCAGGAAGUACUUGAAGAAGUGGAGGGAAAACAGAAUGUGAGGACAGAGGGGCUACUGCGAAGCAGGAAGGCCGUUUUACCCUCUGAGAUUCGAAAUAAAGAACGGAGCACAGAAAACUCGUGCCAUGGAGGUGCUGAUAACAUGGAGGUAAAUCCAGGCAUCAGUGGGCACAGGAGCAAGGGUGUUCUAGAUGACCCCAGAGGGUGGCGUGGAGGUCGGUCAAGGCAGGAAGUUUACACAGAGCACGUGUCCCGUCUUCAGGCUGAAGAGUCUAUGCAAGCAAGAGCUCGAGAGGCCCAUAAGUGGGCUGACGCUAGCUCCUAUGCCCCAGUUCAGACCUCCAGAGGGAGAUGUAUGCCAAAUUCAUCCAAACCCCUGGAUGUUAGAAAUGUCCAAAAGACAGCUUUUCAAGAGAACCCCAUCCAGGACCCAGUCAGAGAGGCUGUGGCCAAUGGCGAUCACCUAGCCCAUGAUGCCAGGGUUUCAGUGGCCAAACUUCGCCACACCUACCUGGAAAGUGUUGCGAGUCCCCGGAAAGCCGAACUCUCUUGUCCAAGCCCUGAACCACUAAGCCCUGAGGUGGAUGAAGAGAAGCUAGAUGACAGAGCAAAGCUGAGUGUUGCUGCCAAACGCUCUCUCUUCAGGGAGCUGGAGAAGAUUUCAGAUGGCUCAGUUCUGAAGGCAUGGAGCCGUAAUCCUGCCGUUGAACGGAGGUUGAGGAGAGGUCAGGAUCGCUCCCGCACUCAGCCGGUCACCUCAGAGGAAGUGGUCAUUGCUGCUACCUUGCAGGCAUCGUCUCAGCAAACCUCCACGUUGAGGGAACAGGCCAGAGAGGUACGGCUGACUGAAGUGGCGGCAGAGACGGAUCAUGUUCGCCAUGCAUCCCCAGGGGAGGAUGGCCAAGAGGAACCAGACCUUUCCACUCUCACUCUGGCAGAGAAGAUGGCACUCUUCAAUCGUCUAGCACAGCCUUCUAACCACGGCUCUCGGCCCAGAGGAGACACUCGUGCGCGCAGAAACAACACUCGGUACCAGACUCAGCCAAUCACACUUGGAGAGGUUGAACAGCUGCAGCCUGCGGGUGGAGCUCGUUUUGCGUCCACCUCGGCUCUGAGAUCCUCCACUGUUUCAACUGAACAUGCCGGGGACAUCCACUUGACCAUGCCCAUGUCCAAUGUAUCUGGCCCUGCCUACUAUGAGAACACCCUCUCCCCAACUCACCAUCCUCAACCUGCCCAAGAGAUCCAGUCACACCAGAGUCCAGAUGUGUCCCUGGUGACCCAAGGAGAAAGACUGGCAUUGAACAUAGGGAAGAGGAAGCUGCCAUCUCCAGAGACCAUGAAGCGGACAUCACACGCUCAGCCGGCCAAAGACUGGGAGGAGCUUAAAGGGGACCAUAAGGUGCUGGUGACCUCUCAGGACCUUUCAGAAACAGAUGGAGAGCACAAGUCAAAGGCAGCCAUGUCAGAUCUUCCUGUGGACAUAGCCACAGUACGUGCAGAGCCAGCUGUAUUACGGAGUGACUCUCUUGCGCAACACACGCACGCAGAGUCAGCCGGACCCCUCCUAGAGGACGACAGGAGAGAAGAAGAGCAGGAGACGGACUUUAAAACAGAGGAGGGAGACGAGCUCUCAGACAUCAUGUCUGCUAGACAGAUGUCCAUCAAAGAAAGGCUGGCCCUCUUGAAGAAGAGUGGAGAAGAAGACUGGAGGAACAGGAUAAAUAAAAAACAGGAUGUGGUGCAGGUUGCUGUGUCUGAAAGACACGCCCAGCUAUGGGAAGUGGAGCAGAGCUUCAAGAAGAAGGAUGAUGGGAUGAUGAUGAUGAUAGAUGACUUUGCUGUGUCUGAUCAACUCUGGGAUCCUGUCUUUUCCUCCUCCUUUUCAUGUGCAUCUGAACCACUGGAUCAAAUAGCAAUCCUCCCCAAGGCUACCCCCCUGCCCGUGCAGGUGGAUGAGCGUCACCCCUGGAGACGGAAGAGGAUGGGAAAUGAGAUGGAGGAAAACCAGCGGAGUGAUCGAGUAGAGAUGUCGAUUCAGGAACGCAAGCAGCUCAUCGCCUCGCAAGAGGAUGCGUGGAAGGUCAAAGGUUACAGAGCAGCCAAUGACUCCACUCAGUUCACAGUGGCUGGUCGUAUGGUUAAAAAAGGCCUGGCAGCACCUUCUGCUCUUACAAAUCCAGUGCUGUCCCCUCUGUCCGCUAAAAACAAGAAUGCCUCCCAUACAAUCUCAAAGCCACACGAAGAGAUUGAAGUCAGACAGGACAUGAAGCUGGAGUCAGACAUGAAGCUGGAAAAGUUGGAGUCAUUCCUUGGUCGUCUCAACGGUAAAGUUGCAGGACUUCAGGAGGCCACAAUUGCAGUCACAGAGAAGUCUGUUAAAGAGGUCAUGACUCUGGAUGAUGAGACCUUCGAUAAGUUUUAUCGACACACAGAGGAUAUAGCCAAGAUUACCAGCAGAGUGGAAAUCAAUGACGAUUUUGAUGCCAUCUUUGGAAUGGAGCUGCCCAGGUUGACCUCAGAGAUGGUGCAACACAAGCGGGCGGUACGGCCAACCAGAAAUGUUCAGUCAUCCAGAAACCCUCUGAAAAUGCUGGCUGUUCGGGAGGACAUCAGACAUGAAUACACAGAACAGAGGCUAAACAUCGGCCUUCUGGAGAGCAAGAGGAUGAAACAGGAAAAGAUGAAUAAGAACAGCGGUUUCUCUGAGGUUGCUCUUGCUGGGUUGGCGAGUAAGGAAAACUUCAGCAGUGUGAGUCUGCGAAGUGUGAACGCCUCUGAGCAGAGCUCCAACAACAGUGCCAUGCCAUAUAAAAAACUCAUGCUCAUUCAGGUCAAAGGUCGUCGGCACGUUCAGACUAGACUGGUUGAGCCCAGAGCUUCCUCCUUGAACAGUGGUGACUGCUUCCUCUUGAUUACACCUCAUCAUUGCUUCAUCUGGAUUGGAGAAUUUGCAAAUGUUAUUGAGAAGGCCAAAGCUGCAGAGUUGUCCACGUUCAUUCAGACCAAGCAUGACCUGGGAUGCAGAGCCUCAUAUGUGCAGACCAUCGAGGAAGGUGCCAACACUCACACUCCGGCUGCCAAAGAGUUUUGGAAAAUUCUCGGCGGCCAAGCCAGUUAUCAAGCUGCUGGCACUCCAGAAGAAGAUGAGUUCUAUGAGACUGCCAUCAUAGAAACCAACUGUAUCUAUAGGCUCAUGGAGGAUAAACUUAUUCCUGAAGAUGACUUCUGGGGUCGAGUUCCUCGCUGCACCAUGCUUAACUCUAAAGAAGUGCUGGUGUUGGAUUUUGGUAGUGAGGUCUAUGUAUGGCAUGGUAAGGAGGUGACGCUGGCACAGAGAAAAGUGGCUUUUCAGCUGGCAAAGCACUUGUGGAAUGGCACCUUUGACUACACCAACUGUGAUAUUAAUCCCCUGGACCCUGGAGAUUGCAACAAACUUAUACCCAGGAAAGGCCAGGGACGACCAGACUGGGCUUUGUUUGGCAGGUUAACUCAGCACAAUGAGACUACUCUUUUUAAAGAGAAGUUUUUGGACUGGAGUGACACCAAGAAAUCCUCUAAGAAGAAUGGUGACUCAGCUUUAGUUGAAAACAAGGAGCUUCGGAGCGGGGAAUGUCGGCCCUAUGAUGCGUCACUGAUGUUGUCAACGGUAUGGACGCCAGUCAAGACCGUUUUGGAUGGAGUCGAUGUGGGACGAGGUUAUGGACUGGUGGAAGGUGAUGAACGGCGUAAUUUUGAGAUCAGCACAUUGUCCGUUGAUGUCUGGCACAUUCUAGAGUUUGACUACAGUCGAUUACCUAAACUGAGCAUUGGCCAGUUCCAUGAAGGGGACACGUAUGUGGUCAAAUGGAAGUACAUGAUCAGCACAGCAGUUGGCAAGAGGCUGCAUUCAGAACGGAUCAUCGGUCCAGGGAAGGAGAAAUGUUGUUAUUUCUUCUGGCAGGGUCGUAACUCCACGGUGAAUGAAAAGGGAACCUCAGCACUGAUGACUGUAGAGCUAGAUGAGGAGAGAGGUGCUCAGGUCCAGGUACAGCAGGGAAAGGAGCCUCCUUGUUUCCUGCAGUGCUUCAAUGGAGGAAUGAUUGUUCAUGCUGGAAAGAGAGAAGAGGAGGAAGAAAAUACACAGAAUGACUGGCGCUUGUACUGUGUGAGAGGAGAGAAACCCAUAGAGGGCCAUCUGCUGGAGGUGGUGUGCCACUGUAGCAGCCUACGUUCUCGCACCUCUUUGAUCCUCCUGAACAUCCCUAAAGCCAGCAUGUACCUGUGGCACGGCUGCAAGGCACAGAUGCACACACGUGAUGUGGCCUGUGCCGCUGCAAACAAAAUAAAAGAGCAAUGUCCUCUGGAGGCGGGGCUUCACAGCAGCAGUAAAGUGUCCAUCCAGGAGUGUGAUGAGGGAGCUGAACCACAAGGCUUUUGGGAGGCCUUGGGAAGGAGAGAUCGAAAGGCGUAUGACUGCAUGCUGCAGGAUCCAGGAAAGUUCAACUUCACUCCUCGGCUGUUCCAGUUAAGCAGUGCUUCAGGAGAGUUUGUGGCAGUGGAAUUUGUAUAUCCAUCCAGAGAACCAAAUUUGGUCAACUCGAUGCCUUUCCUUCAAGAGGAUUUGUAUACAGCUACUCAGCCAGCCCUGUUUUUGGUGGAUAAUCACCAUGAAGUUUACCUGUGGCAGGGCUGGUGGCCUCAGGACAGUGAGAGCAUCGGCUCAGCUCGUAUACGAUGGGACUCCGACAGGAAGUGUGCCAUGGAAACUGUACUCCAAUAUAGCAAAGAAAAAAAUGAGAGAAAAACUCCAAAAGCAUACCUCAUCCACGCAGGGCUUGAGCCCCUUACCUUCACUAACAUGUUUCCCAGCUGGGAACACAGAGAGGACAUUGCUGAGAUCACAGAGAAGGAGGCUGAAGUAUGUAAUCAAAUCAUUCUCGUUGAAGACGUCUUGACUAGACUCUGCAAGACCAUUUACCCAUUGGCAGAUAUACAAGCCCGCCCCCUACCAGAAGGUGUUGACCCUCUACGUCUUGAGAUCUACCUAUCAGAUGAGGACUUUGAGGGUGUAGGGGCUUCUGGGAAGAAAGCAUUGGAGAUGACAAGAAGUGAAUAUGAGGCACUGCCAGGAUGGAAGCAAGUGAAUGUGAAGAAAGCCAAAGGACUGUUUUAGAGGAAAUCUGACUGCACUGGAACUGCUGAUUGAAUCUGCAAGUGAAGACAUUCUCAUUCCUUUUGAUCAAGACGGGAAAAGCGCAAGUGAAUAUCUUCCUGUGUCAAAACACACAGGGAAGUGAAAUGGAGCUGAAGGAAGAAGAAAAGACUGAGAUUGGCAAGGGUUUACCAGCCUCUUGUAGCACAUCUCUUACCCAUUUUCUCCAUUUUUUGUUUUUAUUUGUGAUUUUUCUUUUUGUUUUAAGUGCUUCCAGCUUGUUUUCCUCCCGUUUUUAUUUUUCUGCAUUGUUCUGUCCACAUGGUCAUUCACCGUCCAACAUGCACAAGGUAGCCAUCAGCUUAACAUAAACCCCCAAUAAAUUCAAAAAAGCCUUUUAAUUAUUAUCUGAAUGUAAGAAAGCUCAAAAGAGCACUUUAUGCAAGUACGUUCAUAUCUGCUCUCAUAAAUGACCUCAAGAUGUGUUUAACCUUCCAGACAGAUGCUUGAACUUGAGAACCCUAUGUGUGUGUACAUGGGAGAUUAUUUGUAAAUCUAUACAGUGUGUGUCUCUUCAAACAGGAUUGAAUGAAAUCGUGGAAUAAGAGAAAAUGUCGUUCUAUUCUGCGUUGUAUAGUGCCUUGCCUUCAUGUACAGUUUAUAUAAAGACAGAUGCUAGUCUGCAUUUUAAAAAUAUAUUUGUGAUAUAAAUAAAUAUUGGUACAAAUAAACACUGUAUUAUAUAGAUAAA